AUGUACGCGGAUCUCUGCGUGCUGUUGCACGAACACUUCACCGCCAAGCCGUUGGACAAACAGUGCGCGACCUUCAAACGCCUGUUGCUGGAUGAAUGCCAAUCCUCCUUCGAGCAUCUCCUUGCGCCGCCAGCUCUCGAUGAGCUGUCGUCGCCCGAGGAGCGCCGCAUCGCGGAAGUCAGCUACAAGACGCACAUGUUGGGCAACAUCAAGUUGGUCGGUGGCCUCUUGGCCCGUGGCAUGUUGGCUGCCAAGGUGGGCAUUGCCAUUUUGGAGGAGCUGUUGUCGAAUCCCACCCCCGAGGCCCUGGAAUCCGUGGCCGCGCUGCUCACCACCAUGGGCUCCAGUGCAGAUCGCCCUGAGUGGCCGCAGAAGAAAGCCUUGAAUUUGAUCUUUGAUCAACUGGCUGUGAUCGUGCAGAACAAAAGCUGCCAGACCCGUGAGCGCUGCUUGCUGAAGGCGCCACCCUUGAUGGAGAUGGACUUGCUCGACUUGCGUCGCAACGGAUGGGUGGAUCAGCGCCCGAAGAAGUUGGAGAGAGCCAUGACACUCGCUGAGGUGGCCGAAGGUGGACACGAGUCCACGGCGACGCCAAAAAAGGUGGUGCGAAGGGUGGCCACGUUCGAUCAGGAGAAGUUCCGUCAGGCGCUGCGUGCGCUGCUGCAGAGCGAGGAUGCGGCGGCCAUGGAGCGCCUGCGGGCCGCGGGGACGCCACCAGCCUCCAAACAAGCCAUGGAACUGGCGGAGUUCUUGAGCCAAGUGGUUCAGGAGGGCGCUUCAAAGCGUGCGGCUGGUUUCAAGGCUUUCUUGAAGGUGGCAGGUGAGUGGCACUCGGAGGCGUUGGCUCAGGGCGUCAAGAUCUUUGUGACGGAGAUGGCCGCGGAUUUGGCCCUGGACGUGCCCAAUCUCUCCCCGAUCUUAGAGGUCCCCAGCAGAAAUCAUGGGGAGUUCAAUGCAAGGUGGUGCCCCCCGUUUACGUGA